UUUCAGGAAAGGCCAAGCAAACGCGCCCGACAAAGGGUGGAGAAGCAGAAAAUUCAAUUUUCGCCAUCAGUCCAGCAUGUUCGCAAUGCCGACACAAUGGUCCAGUGCACAGAAUGUGAGAAGUGGAGGCUUGUCUUCAGCAAGAAAAAGCUUUCCAAACGACAGAAAGAACAUCUUGGUGAAGUGUUGAGUGAUGUGGACUACACCUCUGGAUUUCUCUUUGAUGAUGUCAACUUGCCACAUUGUCUGCAAGUUUUUGUGAAGGACCACGAUUGCUGUGACCACAUAAAGAAGUUGUACUUCACUUGCGAUGAAUACGAGGUGAUUUGCAUCCAUUGUGGGGAAUAUGUCCAAGACCAUGAUGACAUCGACUACCCACAGUGUGAAGAAUGCAAUGAGGACCCUAUUAGGAAGCGACUGUAGAUAGGAAGACCAUAAAUUGGC